GCGUGAAAACAGGCAUGAUUACAUUCAGUCGAAGUAUAUAAAAACACCACCUCUGCAUUGUCCUCGAGCUUAAACUUCAGAAAUCAGAAUCAUCUCUCUCCCCUCCCCCUUCCCUGCUUCCUUGAAAUCUCUCUCUCUCUCUCUCUCUCUCUCUCUUGUCUUCUUAUAAGCAUACAGAAUGGAGCAUUUGUUGGGCCUUCUCAGAGUUCGCGUGAAGAGGGGUGUAAACUUAGCCAUCAGAGACACCAGGAGCAGUGAUCCCUAUGUCAUUCUCAGAUUGGGAAAACAGAAGUUGAAGACUCGUGUGGUGAAGAAUAAUCUUAAUCCUGAGUGGAAUGAAGAGUUGACACUUUCUAUUACAGAUACUAAUCUCCCUGUCAAGCUAGUAGUGUAUGACAAGGAUACAUUCUCCCUUGAUGACAAAAUGGGAGAUGCAGAAUUCGAGAUCAAAACUUUUGUGGACUUUGUACGAAUGCAAUUAGAAGGGCCUCCUGAAGGAACUAUAAUCACCAGAGUAAAACCAAGCAGGGAAAAUUGCUUGUCUGAAGAGAGCAACAUCGUCUGGACAAAUGGCAAGCUUGUCCAAAACUUGUUUCUUAGACUACGAAACGUCGAAUGUGGUGAAGUUGAACUUCAACUAGAGUGGAUAGACAUUCCUGGUUUAAACGGUCAGUAAGUCACUUCCUUAAUGCACAUGGCGCCACAUGAUCUAAAUAGUGUGUUUGGAGUGUUUUAUGCAAUCCAUAGUAGUCGAUGACGAUGUAAAUCAUCUGUAAUGCCAUAAUGGUGAAUAUUAGGUAGGGUUGACCAGAUUUUCUAGUUAUGACCUUGCGUCCUUUUUAUGAAGUGAUUUUGCUAUUAUUAGAAACAUCAGAGAGCAAUAUCUGUCUGUGCAAUCUGCAUUUUAUAGUUAUGUUAUAUAAUGAAAACAUUUGAACC